GUUCUUUACAUUAGAUAAUAUAAAGCAGCAUAAUGAAAAUACAAACUGCCGUUCAGUGUGGUCAAGAAGGGUAGCAUUAAUCAAACAAGGAAAAUGUCCUGAAGAGGGAUGGGAGGAAAGCACCAUUGAACUGUUUCUUCAUGAACUCGCUAUAAUGGAUAGCAAUAACUUUCUGGGCAACUGCGGUGUGGGUGAGAGGGAAGGAAGAGUGGCGUCAGGACUCGUUGCCCGAAGGCAUUACAGGUUGAUCCAUGGAAUUGGAAGGUCAGGUGAUAUUUCUGCAGUCCAGCCUAAAGCUGCAGGGUCUAGCCUUUUGAACAAACUUACUAAUUCAGUAGUUCUGGAUAUUAUAAAGCUGGCUGGUGUCCGGACAGUGACCAAUUGCUUUGUGGUUCCUAUGGCAACUGGCAUGAGUCUAACUCUGUGUUUUUUAACAUUGCGGCACAAGAGACCAAAGGCAAAAUAUAUUAUCUGGCCACGUAUAGACCAGAAAUCUUGCUUUAAAUCAAUGAUAACUGCAGGUUUUGAGCCUGUGGUGAUAGAAAAUGUGUUAGAAGGCGAUGAGCUACGGACAGACAUCAACGCAGUGGAGGCUCAAAUCAAGGCUCUUGGUGCUGAAAAUAUUCUUUGUGUGCAUUCUACAACGUCUUGCUUUGCUCCAAGGGUACCUGAUAGGUAA